AUGAGGUUUUCAGGGACCUUUUGUAUGCACAAUGAGGAGUGUGUCUCCCACUUGUUUUUCCUCUGCCCCUUUUCGAGAGAGAUAUGGCAUCGAUGGUGGGAGGCUUGGUGUCAGGGUUGUAUUCAUGCCACUUCUCUUAUUGACUUCUGGGAAAGCUUGGGCAGACCUCCUGCGAAGACUUCUUUCUUACAGGCUGCUUGGUUAGUUGGUCCGAUCUUCAUCCUCUGGAACCUCUGGCUGGAAAGGAAUCACAGAAUCUUUUGUGGCUCCAAACUUGGAAGCUCCCAAGUGUGGAAGCUAAUUCUUAAUAGGCUCCAGGAGAUGAUUUAUGCUAAGUGUGAUAUGUCUACCUAUAUAGAUCCUGGGGAUCAAGCUAUUGUGAGGAAUCUGAAUCUGGGAGAUAGCUGUAAGGGAUGCAGUCUCAGGAAAAGACCGAGUCAUGGUAAGCAGAGGGUGAGUCGAGAUGGGAGGUGGUCCCCUCCCCCGAUGGGAAUCCUGAAGAUCAAUACGGAUGGGUCUUCGCGGGGGAACCCUGGUCAUGCUGGUAUUGGGGCUAUUGGUAGAAGUGAUGAUGGGGGUGCGGUCUUUCUCCUCUCUGUUUAUAAGGGUCAACAUUCUAAUAAUCUGAUGGAGGCCCUGGCUAUUAAGGUUGUUAUUGAGCGGGGAUGCUCAUUAGGGUGGCGGAAGAUUAUCUGUGAGUCUGACUCUCAGAUUGUUGUGGAUAUGUUGAAUAACCAGAAAUUGGAAGAUGUUAGUUGGCAACUUGCCUCUUUGGCCAGACAAACUCUUAGUCUUUGUAGGUACUUGGACUCUGUCUCCUUUCAUUAUAUCCCUCGCGAAUGGAAUAGAGUGGCAGAUUGCCUGGCAAAGUGGGCCUCAGAGAAUGUGGGUAGAUGGGAUAUUAAUAGUAGGGAUGAGUUACCUUUUGAGUAUUGUGAGAUCAUUGAUCAGAUGUUACUGGAGGACAAGAGUAUGUAG